AUGAAGGUCCUUGUGAUUGGAGGAACUGGCAUGAUAGGGGGCCACGCUGCCCUUCACUUACAGUCCGAAGGCCACAAAGUUACUAUUGCAGGCCGCCGCCCCAGCAAUGUUCCUGCUCUUUCGUCGAUGCCUUUCAUAAAAGGCGACUAUGUUCAUGAAGACUUCAGCAAAGACCAGCUUUCUGGGUUCAAUGCCGUUGUCUUCACCGCUGGUGCCGACAUGCGUCAUGUCCCCGCAGACGUUGACCCAGAAACAUACCUCCAGCAAGCAAACGGAACAGCCGUGCCCAAGGUGGCAGCACUCGCUCGUGACGCCGGCGUUGAGUACUUUGUCCACGUUGGCAGCGCCUACCCGCACAUUCUACCGGACCAAGUCGAGAAGAAUGCCUACAUCCGGUCUCGCAAGUUGGCGUCCGAAGGCGUCGCCAGUCUUGCUACGCCCUCGUUCAAAGCCACGAGCCUGGACCCGCCCUUCGUGGUUGGGACUAUUCCCGGCAUGGACAUUUCCAUGUUCCAGGCCUAUGUGAAGUAUGCCGAGGGCCAAAUUCCUCUGCCCCCCUUUGCACCACGAGGCGGUCUUAAUUUCAUAUCGGCCCAGUCGCUGUCUGAGGCAAUUUCAGGGGCGUUAAGAAACGCUGACGAGGUUGCCGGGCGGGCCGUUCUUAUCGGGGACGAAAACCUCACGUAUGCGAUGGACCCUGAAGAUGAGAAAAUAUUGGGAAGCUUUAGACGUAACGAUAUUGAUCGAGCAAUCCGUGAGAUUGUCGAGCAGUAUUGCUCUAUUUGA